AUGUCGGCCCCUACCUCGACGACGAUCACAAUCCUGCCAGCCCGACUGCUGCUCGUGCGCCUGCCUCGCGAGCAGCUGCAGUCGCUCAUGGCCCCCAUUCUCGACUGUUGGUGGUUCAGGGGAGAGUGAGUGACCAGAGAACACAUUUCGGUAUAGUCGAGUGCACGCUCAUCUCUCCUCGACUACGCUGUGCCCACAGACAGGAUCCCUUCUUCUCGCUCUGUUCGAACGAGGUCGAGGUGUCGCUGUUCGCCAGCACCUCGGCCGUGCGAUCGUCUUUUGGGGCUUACAUCCAGGAGCCUCCACGACUUCCACCUUUCCACGAUCGAUCCUCUUCCGGCGACUCGGAUCUUGACGAGGUGGGCGAUGAUCCGGCAGACGACGACGGCCACGAUGGCUCUCAACGGCCCGACGAUGACCCGGACGAUGUCAACGAGAGCGAAAUCACCCUUGGAACCGGAACACGCACAGAGGACCACGCGAGCAAGUCAUGCAAGCGCAGGAGUUCAAAUGAGUCUGACAACACCGGACAGAGGCACGAUGAAUGGCAACGCAAGCAAGACGAAAAAGUUCAGGUCGGAGCCGACGUCUGGGUCGUACUCGAAUGUGCAUUCCACGGCGACGGAUGGGGUAAGAGCAACCGCGGUAAAGGGUAGGGGAAGUAUGCGGUAGUGUCUCAAUCUGACUCUCCUCCACUCGCUCCCACUCAGAACAAGCUGGACGACGUAUCCGAGAUUUGUCCUCCCCACUCGCCGACGCAGGAGUGUCCAUUUUGUUCCUCUCGACCUACAACUCGGAUUUCCUGCUCGUGAUGGAAGACUCGCUGGCCGCGGUCACGUCGAUACUCGAAGAGUCGGGCUUCCAAUUCACUGCCAAUGACGACGACGACGACGAGGAGGAUUUCGACCACACGAUGGCGGCGUCGACGACGCAUCUUCGCCGCGGGGGAUCGUUCCGUCGCAGCCGCGCACGGGCUGCUUCGAGCUCGACCCAUGGGAGUGGGAGCGCGCGGAUGAGCGGAAGUCUGAGUGGAAGUCUGGUCAUGAGCGACCAAGGGAGCUCUCACGCCGGGAGUAUCAGCAGAGCGCCAAACGGAAGCGCGACCAUGUCGCGCUCGGGCAGUCUGGGCAAGCGCGCGGCCGGUGUCGCCGCAGCACUGCAAAAGGUCUCGAUGUCGCCCGCUCGAUCCAUGGGAGAAGCGUCGAGCCCAUCACUGCAGACGAAUCUACCACUCAACGACUCGCCGGGCGCAAUGUCGCCUGGUGGAGUCGCCCGCUCGAUCACGACCGCAGAUUUUGUUUCGAGUAACAGCCUGUCGAUCUUGCCCGACGAACUCGUGUGCAUCGGGCUGUCGCAACAACACGAGACCUUCUGGCGCAGCAAGAUUGUCGAAUGUCUCUUCUUCCCUGAACGUGUACUCCCUGCCCCACGAGCAUCCUCGUCGGGACGUCGCCCGCCCGUGUCGGUAUCCCCGACGCGCUCGCGCAUCUCGACCGUGCUCGAGGACUCAAAGUCGUCGACGCGCAAGGCCUCGCCUCAUACCACCCCCCCGCUGUCCCGCCGACCGUCGAAUCGAGCAACGAGCCAUGCCAUUAGUGGCGGUGCCCGUGGCUCGUCGGCGAACCCCCUUCUCAGUCCGGCGAUCUCGUCGCACACCCACCCGCUCGCGGCCUCGUUCCUCUCGACCUUGGACGCCGAUUAUCCGACUCCUUUCAUCGCCCUGACGCAAACCGUUGAAGGCGUUUCGUUAAUGGCGGACGUGAGAUUGUUGCGAAAAGUGUUCAAAGAAGGCGAAGACGAAGGGAUCUGCUUCAUCGUUGGCCCUGGUGGUCUGCAUUCGAUCUGGAACGGCGAAGACGGUGUCGGAUCGGACGACGAAAAUUCGGAUGACGAGUGUGGCUUCAGUCCAAGACGCGGAAGGGAACGAACACGCAGCAACGAGCACGAUCGAGUCCAGAUGGAAACAGCUCUGGAAGAGGAAAUUCAUUCGGGGACUGAGUCGUCCGAGUCGCGAUCCCGCACGAGGGAGCAAGAAGCGCGCGAAGCCGAGCGACGGGACCGCAAGUUCCGAGCCAAGGAUGCGGGCAAAUUGCUCAAAUGUCUGCAACUGGACCUGUCGAGCUUUGGACUUGGUAAGUGGUAUAAGCGCAAGAAAUCUCUAUUCGAUCAUCUCCGGUGGUCGACGCUCAUGUUGCGAUGUAUUCAAACAGACACCCAUGGUAUCGUCGAACACUUUGCGGGCCUACUCGUUAAUGGUGGUCUCAAUUGCCUCUAUCAAUCCACCUUCAGUACCGCUAAUAUUCUCGUCGCCAAGGACGACAUCGUUCGUGCCCGUCGUAUUCUCGAGGAGCAGAUUUAA